AUGUCAAAUUAGGAUAUCGAUUUCCUUACAGUAACUCCAGAAGUUAGAGAAUUAUAUUCCAUUCCUACCGAUUAAAGAAUAAUCGACUCAUAUAAAUUCUAGAUUAAUUAGGAAUGCAUAUCAUUCAGUCAAAAAUUUUUUAAUUCUAAUUUUAUUUCACCAAUUGCUUCUGUUUUAUCUGCUGGUGUAUGCACUAUCUCAUACAUAUACUUGAGAUAACCAGCUGGAGAUGUUGCAAGACAAAUCAAAUUUGAGAGAAUGAAUCCAGCCAAAAGAUUGGUUCUUCGGGGAACACCAGCUUUAUCUUUGUUUGCCAUGGUGUAUUUUGCUAGAUAGUGCAAAUCAUAUUGAUAAAAUAUGCAUAAAAAAAUACCAAAAUUAUUAUUAUUUAAUCACUUC